UCCUCAUGGUGAUCAGAUAAUUAGGGUACACUGUCCAUUACUGUAAUAAUCAUGCUUCAUCUCAGUCAUUAUAAUUUAUAUCAUUAAUUUCAGUGUGGACCGAAGGGAUCUGAAUGAAAAAAGAGAAAUGUUAACAUCAAAUUAUAAUGAAAUGCCACCUAAAUUAAUUUAAUUACACAAUAAAAAGUUUCCUGCACACAGUGAGGUGAAGAUGUGGAUGCCUUUUCGACUUUCUUAUUUUCUUUCAGUCAUCGUGUCCAUUGGUAAGUCCACAAGUUGCAGUUGUAUAUGCAGUUACAUAUAGUCUGCUUUCAUUCUUUGCAAAUAUUCACACGUCUCUCUAUUUCUCCCUCCCAGCUCUCUCUCUCUCUCUCUCUCUCUCUUUCUCUCUCUCUCUCUUUACUUGUCUGAGCAGUAGAGCAAAGAAAACAAACCUGUUUUUCUAGCUGCAACCAGGAAACCAAUCAAAGGCUGAACCAAGACGAGAGAGACACACACAGAGGGUGACAUCAAGACAGACAAAGCAGCAGCAAGAACGUGUCGGGCCACGACAGAGAGCAUGUUUCCGCUGUGCUUAGAGUUAGCUCUACUGACCCGGAGAAUCUAGGACGAGAUGUACGCCUAAAUGUUGCAGUGGAAUGAUGGCGGCGGUCGACUCAGGAGCCUCCCAGAACCCAACCAGUGCAGAUCGGCGGAUGGUGGACAAGGCCAUCAAAAGGCUGGCCAAGCUCCACGAGCUGAGCACCAACCCUCGUCUAGGCCUGAGGAACAGUCCCCCAUAUCUGCCAGAGCUGGUGGCUGAGACCUCAACACUGCUCAUGCAGGUUUGGGAGCCCUACCAUGGCUACAGGGCCACAAGCGGCCAGGUACCGCGAGGAGACGAGGCCAACUACCUGAGGGUCCAUGUCAGGAACCUGCUGGAUAAGACAGACCGGGCUCUGCUGCUGUUUAAAGAAGGACGGGAGAAGAUAUUUGAGGAGACGUCAAGCUGCAGGAGGAAUUUGACCAAACUGUCCUUGCUGUUCAGUCACAUGCUGUGGGAGCUGAAGGCCAUGUUUCCAGGGGGGUGUUUUCAGGGGGACACCUACAGGGUGACUAAGACAGAGGCGGAGGAGUUUUGGAGGCAUUCCUUUGGCAGGAAGUGCUUGGUGCAGUGGACUACCUUCAAAGAGCAGCUGCGAAGUGUGCAUGCAUUUGAGGAAGGGAUGGAGUCCAUGGCUCUGAAAUCAACCAUCGAUCUCACCUGCAAUGAUUACGUCUCUGUGUUCGAGUUUGACAUAUUUACUAGAUUGUUUCAGCCCUGGAGGUCACUUCUAAGGAACUGGAACCAGCUAGCAGUGACUCAUCCCGGCUACAUGGCCUUCCUCACCUAUGACCAGGUCGAAGCUCGUCUGGAACGCUACCUGCACAGACCUGGGAGCUAUAUCUUUCGCCUGAGCUGCACAAGAAUGGGCCAGUGGGCUAUCGGCCACGUGACAAUUGAAGGUAACAUCGUCCAGACCAUCCCUGAGAAUACACCCCUCUACCAGGCACUCAUUCAGGGCUACAAGGAGCGCUGCUACCUAUACCCCGAUGGCCGUGAUGUGAACCCCGACCUGACAAGCCUGUGUGAACCUUCGCAGAAGGGCAAAGUCAAAGUUACAGAAGAGCAGUAUGAGCUUUACUGUGACAUCGGCAGCACCUUCCAGCUGUGUAAGAUCUGCGCAGAGAGGGACAAAGACACUCGGAUCCAGCCCUGUGGGCAUCUCCUCUGCCAACCCUGCCUCACAGGAUGGCAGCAGAAGUCAGCUGGCCACACCUGCCCAUACUGCCGCUGCGACAUCAGAGGAACAGAGUCCGUCCUGGUCGAGCCGUACCUGCCAGGCGGUGGGCAGUGGAAGGUCGACAGUGAUGACGACGGAGAGGAAGAAGACCACGAGGACAUUGAGCUGGUGAUAAAGGAAAUGGCUGCGAUGAAGAAGUUCUCAAGUUUGGAGUACCAGUUUCCCAGCUCUCAUUUGAGCGCGCCACCUUUGCCUCCUAAAAACAGCACAGACUUACGCUGUCCGUCUCCCUCCAUCCUUUCUCAGACAUCUGAAACCAAGACGCUGGUCAAACUCUCUCACUCUCAUUCAGCCCACAGUGGGAAUGAAACACACAGACACAAACAACAGACAAACCGGGGGGAAGUUUCACACAGCAAUCAGCAAGAAAACCUGAGACCACACUCUCUCUCUCAGAGUGUUGAAUACCUCACGGAAGCCGCAAUUCCUCCUGGAGACAGUGGAAUAGCGUGGCUCGGGCCCUGCAGCCCAGAGAGAAGAAGACGUAAGGAGGAACGGAAAGCAGGCCACAGAAAGGACAAGUAUGGCCUUGGAGAGAUGACGAGAACCAUGUCAUCCUGAAUGCAAAGCGACACCUGGAAUCUAGAUACUUUUUAACAAAGCGAGAAGUAAAUGUGGACUAAAAUAUCCAGCUGAGUAAAAGCAACUUUCAGUGAAUGUAAAAAUGUGGUCGGAAAUGUAAACGGUCACAUUGAUGCUGCGCUGCUGAAAAUGAAGAGUGCUUGUGAUUGACAUGUUCAGUAAUCACACUGCCAUUACCAGGACGCUGGUUGCUAAUGUCUAGUGCCUCACACUGUGUUCUUUAUAAUUAAAGCAUUCACUGAGCCUCCGUGAAAAAUAUUAGAAGUUAAGAGCAGACUCGUCAUAUCAGUAUGUAAUUAUACAGUUUCAUUUCCAUUGAUUUAAGUUGCGUUUAUACGACGCCCAUGACAAUUCAGAUAGUGUCAAAUUGUUUCAGUUAUGUGGUCAAAUGGAGGGGACCAAUUGCACAAAUGCUACCUCCUCAAUUAAACCGUAAUAAGAUUUCUCAUGAAUAUGUGAGUGAAUGAAGGCAUGUGUGUCACUUCAUCAAGCAGUCUUGUAUUUAUAUCAAACUAAUAAAUGUAAAUUU